CAUUCGCAGUCCCGGCUCAUUCCGAGGAGGAGGAGGCAGGUGAAUUCAAGUGGUUUGGGACUUCGGGUCCCAAGGAGCCAGUUCUUCCUCGAUUCCCAGCCAGUGGCCAGAGUCUCCGUAAGACUGGAGGAGAGCAAGCAGAUCGGUGCGGUGUGUCCGUACGUGCGGUGUGGUGCGGCUGAGCCGGGGAGAACCGCAGUGGAGCCAUGGGAGCGGGGAGCUCGACGGUGAAGACGCCGCCGGGGUCGCCGCAAGAUGCACCAGAGCCGGGAGCUGCCGGGGACCCAGCGCCGGAGAAGCAGGAGGCCGGCUGCCCCUUGGCUGAGGAGGCAACCGCAGUAGCUGCGCCGGAGCCUCUGGGGGAUCCCGCCGCUAGCGCAGCCCCCGCCUCCCCAAAGCUUCUGCAGAAGAAUGGACAAAUAAACAGCAUUAAUGGAAUGCCAGAAGGACAAGUGGGAGACCCACAUGAACAGCAGGAAGAAGCAGUUAUCUUAGAUGUUGGACAAAGAGACCCUGAAAAUAUGAUUGAAAAAGAUGAUGUGGAUAAUACACUGGUAGCUAAGUCAGCAUCCAGGUUGGAAGAAGUACGGGAGAAUCUGUUUGGAGAAAUAGUUGAAAUGCCUUUGUCAGAAGAGAAAUUAGAAGUGUUGGAACAACCUCCAGAAUCUAGUGAUGUUGGGUUUAAAAAGGUGUUUAAAUUUGUUGGUGUUAAAUUGACUGUGAAAAAGGAUAAGAAUGAUAAAUCUGACCCUGUUGAAUUACUCACAGUAAAAAAAGAUGAAGUUGAUGAUGGGAGAGCAAAGAGAUCUGAAGAUUCUCAAGAUUUUGGCUCAGAAAAAGAAAUAUCACCUGAAGAGUAUGAAUUACCCCUGAUAGUUGUAACAAAAGAAAGCCCAAAAGAGAGUCUUCUUAGUGCAGAAGUGGGCAACAAAUCCGAUGAAACUACAUCAUCAUUGAAAAAGUUUUUUAGCCUGGGUUGGGUUGGCUGGAGAAGAAAGAACAGUUUUAAGAAAGGUAAGGAAGAUGUGCCAGAGAUGUCUGAGAAGGAAAAGGAGCAAGAGGUAGGAAAAGUAGAUUUAGUUGAAAUUUAUGAAGGGAAGAAAGAAGAUACUGCUGAACCUGUUUCUGAACAUCUUCCCCUCAAGCAGGCCAUUGAAAUGCUGUCUGAGAACGAAAAAGUAGAUAGAUAUCCUAAAGAUCAAGUUGAUAAAAUACAGAUAUCUUCUGAAGAGAAAGCUGCUCCAUUAGCUACAGAGGUGUUUGAUGAAAAAGUAGAGACGGUAGCAGAAAUUCAUGCCAAUACUGUAGAAGAACAAGAACAAACUGAAAAUCCAAGUACUGAUGUAGAACAGGUUGAUGGGUCUUUGUUUCCUGCAUUAGAAAAAAAAGGAAAAAAACCUGACAUGACAGGGAUGUUGGCCAAGAGCAAUGAAUUGGUAUGUGCCUCUAGAGAUGUAGGUGAAACAAGUCCUGAAAAAUCAGCUUUGUGUCAUCAACUUGAGGGAAUCACCAGUGAGGUAGAGAUACUGUCAUCACAAGAAAGAGGGAAAUUGCAAGGAAGCCCCUUAAAGAAACUUUUUAUUGGCACUGGCUUAAAAAAACUGUCUGGAAAGAAACAUAAGGGAAAAAAGGGAGAUGAGGAAAUAAAGUCAGAGGAACUGGGGGAGCUUACACAAGUGUCAGUAGAGUCUUCAGAAACUCCAGAGGAUCAAAAGGGUGAAAGCUCUGCUUCAUCCCCUGAAGAACUAGCUAUAGAGAAGGGCAUAGUUGAUACACCACAGGAAGUUGAGAUUGAAGAGGAUGGUACUGCUUCUGAUGGAGAGAGAAAGAGAGAAGGUGGUGUUACUCCCUGGGCAUCUUUUAAAAAGAUGGUGACUCCCAAGAAACGUGUUAGAAAGCUUUCUGAAAGUGAUAAAGAAGAAGAAAUUGAGAAAGUCAAGAGUGCUACUCUGUCUUCAACUGAAAGUGCAGGCUCUGAUAAUCAGGAAGAGAUCAAAGGAAAUGGAGAUGAUCAGAAAACAGAAGAGCCAAAAAGGAAGGUUGAUACUUCAGUUUCCUGGGAAGCCUUAAUUUGUGUAGGAUCUUCCAAGAAAAGAGCAAGGAAGUCAUCAUCUUCCGAUGAAGAAGGAGGGCCAAAAAUUGUUAGUGUUGAUUACUAUAAAUCAGAAGAUUCAGGAAAAAACAAGGAAUCUGGGACAGAAAUAACACCUAUCCAUUCUCUUGAAGGUGAUCAAGGGCAGAUAAAUUCUUCCCCUGAGCUAGUUGGAAGCCAAUUUGAAGGAGAGGGAGUUUCCACAUGGUUGUCAUUUAAAAGGUUAGUUACUCCAAGGAAAAAAUCAAAAUCAAAAUUAGAAGAGAGAAAUGAGGAAUCUGUCAUUCUUUCUAGUACAGAACAUUCUGCUUCAGAUAUAGAACCUGUAAAAGAAGAAUCUUGGGUUUCAAUCAAGAAACUCAUUCCUGGUCGAAGAAAGAAAAGGUUAGAAGGGAAACAAGAACAGGUUCCUGUUGAAGAAGACCAGACAGGAGUUAUUGAAGAUGAUUCUGAUACCCCAGCUGUUGUUCCUUUAUCUGAGUAUGAUGCAGCAGAACAAGAGAAAAAUGAAGCCCGAUAUGCAGAAAACAAUAAGGCAGCAAAAGAUUUGCAUGAAGAGAAUUCUGGACAAGUAGAAGGACUAGGAACAGGAGAACCUAUUGAGGGUCUGGUCCAUGCAGUUACUGUGACUGUAGUGGAGGGGGAGAGAGCAGUUACAAGUAUUGAAGAAAGGUCACCCUCUUGGAUAUCUACAACAAUUACAGAGCCUGUUGAAGAAGCAACAGAUCAAUCAAAAGAGCCAACUGAGGAGGUAUCUGAAAAAGAAGUCCUAGUUGAAAGACCUGCUACUAAAACCUUGCCAGAGACAAAAGACAUUAUUGUGGACGCAAUUGUUAGCGAGAUAGGGCUAACUUAUGAAACAGUGACAGCUGCAGAAGAAACAAAAGAUAAACCAAAACAGCCAACUAGGGAGAUAUCUGAAAAAGAAUGGUUUGGUGAAAGACCUGCUACUAAAUCUUUGCCAGAGACAAAAGACAUUGGUAGGGGCACAACUGUUAGUGACCUAGAGCUAGCUUCUGAAGCAGUAACAGCUGUGGAAGAAGCAACAGAUAGACCAAAACAGCUAACUGGGGAGAUAUCUGAAAAAAAAGGAUUUGGUGAAAGACCUGCUACUAAAACCUUGCCAGAGACAAAAGACACUGGCAGAGGCACAAUUGUUAGUGAGCAGGAGCUAACUUCUGAAGCAGUAACAGCUGCAGAAGAAGAAACAGGUAGACCAAAACAGGCAACUGGGGAGAUAUCUGAAAAAGAAGGGUUUGGUGAAAGACCUGCUACUAAAACUUUGCCAGAAACAAAAGACACUAGCAGGGGCACAAUUGUUAGUGAGCUGGAGCUAACUUCUGAAGCAGUAACAGCUGCAGAAGAAGCAACAGAUAUUGCAAAGCAGCUAACUGAGGAGGUAUUUAAAAAAGUCCUUGUUGAAAGACCUGCUACUAAAACCUUGCUAGAGAAAAAAGACACUGGCAGAGGCACAAUUGUUAGUGAGCUAGAGCUAACUUUUGAAGCAGUAACAGCUGCAGAAGAAGCCACAGAUAGACCAAAACAGCCAACUCGGGAGACAUCUAAAAAAGAAGGGUUUGGUGAAAGACCUGCUAUUAAAACUUUGCCAGAGACAAAAGACACUAGCAGGGGCAUGAUUGUUAGUGAGCUAGAGCUAACUUCUGAAGCACAGACAGCUGUAGAAGAAGCCACAGAUAGAAAAAAACAGGCACCUGGGGAGAUAUCUGAAAAAGAAGUGCUUGGUGAAAGCCCUGUUACUAAAACCUUGCCAGAGACAAAAGACACUAGCCAGGCCAUGAUUGUUAGUAAGGUAGAGCUAACUUCUGAAGGAGUAAUAGCUACAAAAGAAGCAACAGAAAUAUCAAAAAAGCCAAGUAAGGAGAUAUCUGAACAAGAAGUCCUUGUUGAAAGACCUGCUACUAAAAUCUUGUCAGAGACAAAAGACACAGGCAGAGGCACAAUUGUUAGUGAGCUAGAGCUAACUUUUGAAGCAGUAACAGCUGCAAAAAAAGCAGCAGAACAAUCAAAAAAGCCAACUGGGAAGACUUCUGAAAAAGAAAUCCUUGUUGAACAACCUGCUACUGAAAUCUUGCCAGAGACAAAAGACCUUGGCAGGGUAACAAUUGUUAUUGAGCAGGAGCUAACUUCUGAACUUGUGGCAGCUACAAAAGAAGCAACAGAAAUAUCCAAAAAGCUAAGUAGGGAGAUAUCUGAACAAGAAGUACUUGUUGAAAGACCUGCUACUAAAACGGUUUCAGAGACCAAAGACACUGGCAGGGUAACAAUUGUUAGUGAGCAGGAGCUAACUUCUGAACUUGUGACAGCUACAAAAGAAGCAACAGAAAUAUCAAAAAAGCCAAGUAGGGAGAUAUCUGAACAAAAAGUCCUUGUUGAAAGACCUGCUACUAAAAUCUUGUCAGAGACAAAAGACACAGGCAGAGGCACAAUUGUUAGUGAGCUAGAGCUAACUUCUGAAGCACAGACAGCUGCAGAAAAAGCCAAAGAUAGAAAAAAACAGCCAACUGGGGAGAUAUCUGAAAAAGAAGGGUUUGGUGAAAGACCUGCUACUAAAACCUUGCCAGAGACAAAAGACACUAGCCAGGCCAUGAUUGUUAUUGAGGAGGAGCUAACUUCUGAAGGAGUAAUAGCUGCAGAAGUAGCAACAGAACAAUCAAAAAAGGCAACUGGGAAGACAUCUGAAAAAAAAGUACUUGUUGAAAGACCUCCGAUUAAAACCUCUCCAGAGAGAAAGGAUGCCAGCAAGGGCAAGAUUCUGAGUGCCCUAGAGCUAACUUCUGAAGCAGUGACAGGUGCAAAAGAAGCAACAGAACUAUCAAAAAAAACAACAGGGAAGAUAUCUGAAAAAGAAGUCCUUGUUGAAAGACCUGCUACUAAACCAUUGCCAGAAAAAAAAGAAAUUAGCCAGGGCACAAUUGUUAGAGAGCUAGAGCUAACUUCUGAAGGAGUGACAGCUGCAAAAGGAGCAACAGAACAAUCAAAAAAGCCAACUGAGAAGACGUCUGAAAAAAAAGUACUUGUUGAAAGAGCUGCUUUUAAAACCUCUCCAGAGACAAAGGACACUAGUAGGGGCAAGAUUCUUAGUGAGCUAGAGCUAACGUCUGAAGGAGUGACAGGUGCAAAAGGAGCAACAGAUCGACCAAAACAGCAAACUGUGAAGAUAUCUGAAAAAGAAGACCUUGUUGAAAGACCUGCUACUAAAACCUUGCCAGAAAAAAAAGAAAUUAGCCAGGGCACAAUGGUUAGUGAGCUAGAGGUAACUUCUGAAGGACCGACAGGUGCAAAAAGAUCAUCAGAACAGUCAAAAAGGCCAAAUGGGAAGAUAUCUGAAAAAAAAGAACUUUUUGACAGAGCUGCUAUUAAAACCUCUCCAGAGACAAAGGACACUAGCAGGGGCAAGAUUCUUAGUGAGGUAGAGCUAACUUCUGAAGGAGUGACAGCUGUAAAAGGAGAAACAGAACAAUCAAAAAAGCCAACUGGGAAGAUAUCUGAAAAAGAAAUUGUUGGAAAACCUGCUACUAAAACCUUGCCAGAGACAAAAGACAAUAGCAGGGGCACAAUUGUUAGUGAGCUAGAGCUAACUUCUGAAGGAAUGACAGCUGCAAAAGAAGCAACAGAAGUAUCAAAAAAAACAACAGGGAAGAUAUCUGAAAAAGAAGUCCUUGUUGACAGAACUGCUACUAAAACAUUGCGAGAAAAAAAAGAAAUUAGUCAGGGCACAAUUGUUAGUGAGCUAGAGCUAACUUCUGAACCACUGACAGCUGUAAAAGGAGUAACAGAACAAUCAAAAGAGCCAACUGGGAAGAUAUCUGAAAAAGAAAUUGUUGGAAAACUUGCUACUAAAACCUUGCCAGAGACAAAAGACACAGGCAGGGGCACAAUUGUUAGUGAGCCAGAGCUAACUUCUGAAGGAGUGACAGCUACACAAAGAGCAAUAGAUCUCCCCAAAAAGCCAACUGGGAAGAUAUCUGAAAAAGAAGUCCUUGUUGAAAGACCUGCUACUAAAACAUUGCCAGAAAAAAAAGAAAUUAGUCAGGGCACAAUUGUUAGUGAGCUAGAGCUAACUUCUGAACCACUGACAGCUGUAAAAGGAGUAACAGAACAAUCAAAAAAGCCAACUGGGAAGAUAUCUGAAAAAGAAAUUGUUGGAAAACUUACUACUAAAACCUUGCCAGAGACAAAAGACAUGGGCAGGGGCACAAUUGUUAGUGAGCCAGAGCUAACUUCUGAAGGAGUGACAGCUGCAAAAGAAGCAACAGAUCGCCCCAAAAAGCCAACUGGGAAGAUAUCUGAAAAAGAAAUUGUUGAAAAACCUGCUAUUAAAACCUUGCCAGAGACAAAAGACACGGGCAGGGGCACAAUUGUUAGUGAGCCAGAGCUAACUUCUGAAGGAGUGACAGCUGCAAAAGAAGCAACAGAUCGCCCCAAAAAGCCAACUGGGAAGAUAUCUGAAAAAGAAGUCCUUGUUGAAAGACCUGCUACUAAAAAUUUGCCAGAGCCAAAAGACAAUAGCAGCGUCAUGGUUGUUAGUGAUCUAGAGCUUACUUCUGAACCAGUGAUAGGUACAAAGGAAGCAACAGGGAAAUCAAAAAAGCCAGCUGGGAAGAUUUCUGAAAAAGAAGUUGUUGGUGAAAGACCUGCUACUAAAACAUUGCCAGAGACAAAAGGAACCUGCAGGAGCUUUACAAUUGUUAGUGAGCUAGAGCUAACUUCUGAACCAGUGACAGUUACAGAAGCAGCAACAGAACGAUCAAAAAAAACAAUGGGGAAGAUUUCUGAAAAAGAUGUCCAUGUUGAAAAACCUGCUACUAAAAUCUUUCCAGAGACAAAAGACACUGGGAGAGACAAGAUUCUUAAUGAACAGGAGCUAACUUCUGAACCAGUGACAGCUACAAAAGAAGCAACUGAAAUAUCAAAUAAACCAAUUCCAGAGAUAUCUGAAAAAGAAGUCAUUGGUGAAAGACCUGCUACUAAAACCUUGCCAGAGAUAAAAGAUACAGGCAGGAGAACAAUUGUUAGUGAGCUAGAGCUAACUUCUGAACCAGCGACAGCUGCAAAGGAAGCAAAAGAGACAUCAAAAAAGCCAACUGGGAAGAUUUCUGAAAAGGAUGUCCAUGUUGAAAGACCAACUAAAAUCUCACGAGAGACAGACACUGGCAGAAGCAAGAUUCUUAAUGAGCAGGAGCUAACUUCUGAACCACUGACAGCUAUAAAUGAAGUAACAGAGCAAUCAAAAAAAUCAACUGGGAAGAUUUCUGAAAAAGAAGUUGUUGGUGAAAGACCUGCUACUAAAACAUUGCCAGAGACAAAAGACACAGGCAGGGGAACAAUUGUUAGUGAGCUAGAGCUAACUUCUGAACCAAUGACAGCUACAAAGGAAGCAACAGAGACGUCAAAAAAGCCAACUGGGAAGAUUUCUGAAAAGGAUGUCCAUGUUGAAAGACCAACUAAAAUCUUGCGAGAGACAAGAGACAUUGGCAGAAGCAAGAUUCUUAAUGAGCAGGAGCUAACUUCUGAACCACUGACAGGUAUAAAAGGAGUAACAGAGCAAUCAAAAAAGCCAACUGGGAAGAUUUCUGAAAAAGAAGUUGUUGGUAAAAGACCUGCUACUAAAACCUUGCCAGAGACAAUAGACACUGGCAGGGGCACAAUUGUUAGUGAGCUAGAGCUAACUUCUGAACCAGUGACAGUUACAGAUGCAGCAGCAGAACGAUCAAAAAAAACAAUGGGGAAGAUUUCUGAAAAAGAUGUCCAUGUUGAAAAACCUGCUACUAAAACCUUGCCAGAGACAAAAGACACUGGCAGAGGCAAGAUUCUUAGUGAGCAGGAGCUAACUUCUGAACCUGUGACAGCUACAAAAGAAGCAACAGAAAUAUCAAAAAAAACAAUUCCAGAGAUAUCUGAAAAGCAUGUCGAUGUUGAAAGACCAACUAAUAUCUUGCGAGAGACAAAAGACACUGACAGAAGCAAGAUUCUUAAUGAGCAGGAGCUAACUUUUGAACCAAUGACAGCUCAAAAAGAAGUAACAAAGCAAUCAAAAAAGCCAACUGGGAAGAUUUCUGAAAAAGAAGUCAAUGUUGAAAGACCUGCUACUAAAACCUUGCCAGAGACAAAAGACACUGGCAGAGGCACAAUUGUUAGUGAGCCAGAGCUAACUUCUGAACCAGUGACAGCUACAAAAGAAGCAACAGAGAGAUCAAAAAAGGCAACUGGGAAGAUUUCUGGAAAGCAAGUCCAUCUUAAAAGGCCUGGUACUAAAACUUUGCCAGAGACAAAAGACACUGGCAGGGUAACAAUUGUUAGUGAGGGAGAGCUAACUUCUGAACCUGUGACAGCUGCAAAAGAAGCAACAGAAAUAUCAAAAAAGCCAAGUAGUGAGAUUUCUGAAAAAGACGUCCAUGUUGAAAGACCUGCUAUUAAAACCUUGCCAGAGACAAAAGACACUGGCACGGGCACAAUUGUUAGUGAGGGAGAGCUAACUUCUGAACCUGUGACAGCUGCAAAAGAAGCAACAGAAAUAUCAAAAAAGCCAAGUAGGGAGAUAUCUGAACAAGAAGUCCUUGUUGAAAGACCUGCUACUAAAAUCUUGUCAGAGACAAAAGACACAGGCAGAGGCACAAUUCUUAAUGAGGAGGAGCUAACUUCUGAACCUGUGACAGCUGCAAAAGAAGCAGCAGAAAGAUCAAAAAAGCCAACUGGGAAGACUUCUGAAAAAGAAAUCCUUGUUGAACAACCUGCUACUGAAAUCUUGUCAGAGACGAAAGACACUGGCAUGGUAACAAUUAUUAUUGAGCAGGAUCUAACUUCUCAACCUGAGACAGCUACAAGAGAAGCAACAGAAAUAUCAAAAAAGCCAAGUAGGGAUGUAUCUGAACAAGAACUCCUUGUUGAAAGACCUGCUACUAUAACCUUUCCAGAGAGAAAGGACACUGGCAGGGGUUCAAUUGUUAGUGAGCAGGAGCUAACUUCUGAACCAGUGACAGCUGCAAAAGAGGCAACAGAAAUAUCAAAAAAGCCAACUGGGAAGAUUUCUGAAAAAGAAAUCCUUGUUGAAGGACCUGUCACUGGAAACUUGCCAGAGACCGAAGACAGUGGCAGGGUUACAAUUGUUAUUGAGCAGGAGCUAACGUCUGAACCUGUGACAGCUACAAAAGAAGCAACAGAAAUUUCAAAAAAGCCAAGUAGGGAGAUAUCUGAGAAAGAAGACCUUGUUGAAAGACCUGCCACUAAAAUCUUAUCAGAGACAAAAGACACAGGCAGAGGCACAAUUCUUAAUGAGCAGGAGCUAACUUCUGAACCUGUGACAGCUGCAAAAGAAGCAACAGAAAGAUCAAAAAAGCCAAGUAGGGAGAUAUCUGAACAGGAAGUUCUUGUUCAAAGACCAUCUACUAAAAUGGUUUCAGAGACCAAAGACACUGGCAGUGUAACAAUUAGUGAGGUAGAGCUAAUUUCUGAAGGAGUGACAGCUGUAAUAGAAGUAACAGAAAUAUCAAAAAAGCCAAGUAGGGAGAUAUCUGAACCCGAAGUCCUUGUUGAAAGACCUGCUACUAUAACCUUUCCAGAGAGAAAGGACACUGGCAGGGGUUCAAUUGUUAGUGAGCAGGAGCUAACUUCCGAACCAGUGACAGCUGCAAAAGAGGCAACAGAAAUAUCAAAAAAGCCAACUGGGAAGAUUUCUGAAAAAGAAAUCCUUGUUGAAGGACCUGUCACUGGAAACUUGCCAGAGACCAAAGACAGUGGCAGGGUUACAAUUGUUAUUGAGCAGGAGCUAACGUCUGAACCUGUGACAGCUACAAAAGAAGCAACAGAAAUUUCAAAAAAGCCAAGUAGGGAGAUAUCUGAGAAAGAAGACCUUGUUGAAAGACCUGCCACUAAAAUCUUAUCAGAGACAAAAGACACAGGCAGAGGCACAAUUCUUAAUGAGCAGGAGCUAACUUCUGAACCUGUGACAGCUGCAAAAGAAGCAACAGAAAGAUCAAAAAAGCCAAGUAGGGAGAUAUCUGAACAGGAAGUUCUUGUUCAAAGACCAUCUACUAAAAUGGUUUCAGAGACCAAAGACACUGGCAGUGUAACAAUUAGUGAGGUAGAGCUAAUUUCUGAAGGAGUGACAGCUGUAAUAGAAGUAACAGAAAUAUCAAAAAAGCCAAGUAGGGAGAUAUCUGAACCCGAAGUCCUUGUUGAAAGACCUGCUACUAUAACCUUUCCAGAGAGAAAGGACACUGGCAGGGGUUCAAUUGUUAGUGAGCAGGAGCUAACUUCCGAACCAGUGACAGCUGCAAAAGAGGCAACAGAAAUAUCAAAAAAGCCAACUGGGAAGAUUUCUGAAAAAGAAAUCCUUGUUGAAGGACCUGUCACUGGAAACUUGCCAGAGACCAAAGACAGUGGCAGGGUUACAAUUGUUAUUGAGCAGGAGCUAACGUCUGAACCUGUGACAGCUACAAAAGAAGCAACAGAAAUUUCAAAAAAGCCAAGUAGGGAGAUAUCUGAGAAAGAAGACCUUGUUGAAAGACCUGCCACUAAAAUCUUAUCAGAGACAAAAGACACAGGCAGAGGCACAAUUCUUAAUGAGCAGGAGCUAACUUCUGAACCUGUGACAGCUGCAAAAGAAGCAACAGAAAGAUCAAAAAAGCCAAGUAGGGAGAUAUCUGAACAGGAAGUUCUUGUUCAAAGACCAUCUACUAAAAUGGUUUCAGAGACCAAAGACACUGGCAGUGUAACAAUUAGUGAGGUAGAGCUAAUUUCUGAAGGAGUGACAGCUGUAAUAGAAGUAACAGAAAUAUCAAAAAAGCCAAGUAGGGAGAUAUCUGAACCCGAAGUCCUUGUUGAAAGACCUGCUACUAUAACCUUUCCAGAGAGAAAGGACACUGGCAGGGGUUCAAUUGUUAGUGAGCAGGAGCUAACUUCCGAACCAGUGACAGCUGCAAAAGAGGCAACAGAAAUAUCAAAAAAGCCAACUGGGAAGAUUUCUGAAAAAGAAAUCCUUGUUGAAGGACCUGUCACUGGAAACUUGCCAGAGACCAAAGACAGUGGCAGGGUUACAAUUGUUAUUGAGCAGGAGCUAACGUCUGAACCUGUGACAGCUACAAAAGAAGCAACAGAAAUUUCAAAAAAGCCAAGUAGGGAGAUAUCUGAGAAAGAAGACCUUGUUGAAAGACCUGCCACUAAAAUCUUAUCAGAGACAAAAGACACAGGCAGAGGCACAAUUCUUAAUGAGCAGGAGCUAACUUCUGAACCUGUGACAGCUGCAAAAGAAGCAACAGAAAGAUCAAAAAAGCCAAGUAGGGAGAUAUCUGAACAGGAAGUUCUUGUUCAAAGACCAUCUACUAAAAUGGUUUCAGAGACCAAAGACACUGGCAGUGUAACAAUUAGUGAGGUAGAGCUAAUUUCUGAAGGAGUGACAGCUGUAAUAGAAGUAACAGAAAUAUCAAAAAAGCCAAGUAGGGAGAUAUCUGAACCCGAAGUCCUUGUUGAAAGACCUGCUACUAAAACUAUUCCAGAGACAAAAGACAGCAGCAGGGGCAAGAUUGUUAAUGAGCUAGAGCCAACUUCUGAAGUAGUGAUAGCUGAAAAAGAAGCACCAGAUACACCAAAACAGCCAACUGAGGAGAUAUUUGAAAAAGAAAUCCUUGUUGAAAGAGAACCUGCUAUUAAAACCUUGCUAGAGACAAAAGACAGCAGCAGGGGCACGAUUGUCAGUGAGGUACAGCUAACUUCUGAAGCAGUGACAACUGUAGAAGGAACAGAACCAUUAUAUGCUGAAAACAUAACAACCUCUUAUGCAUCCUCGUAUCCUUCCUCUUAUGUAUCAACCACUCAUGUAUCAUCUGCUUAUGCAUCAUCCUCUUAUGCAUCCUCGUAUCCUUCCUCUUAUGUAUCAACCCCUCGUGUAUCAUCUGCUUAUGCAUCAUCCUCUUAUGCAUCAUCCUCUUAUGCAUCCCCUUUUCUAACCUCUUAUGACAGCUCUUCUGUAACUUCUGUAUCCUCUUCUGUGGUCUCUUCAAGUUCAGAAAUGGUUUCUGCACUCUCUUGGAUAUCUGAUACGUAUUCAGCUGUCUCUUCAGCCUCGGGAAUGGUUUCUGCACUCUCUUGGAUAUCUGAUACGUAUUCAACUGUCUCUGGGUCCUCGGGUAUGGUUUCUGCAUAUUCACAUUUUUCUGAUUCUACUCUUACAACAGAAUUCACUACAUCUCUGGAGGAGCUAGAUAGUGACACACCAGAUUUAGAAACUGUUACAAAAAAUACACAGGAUGUACUUCAGGCAGCUUUUGAAAAAGUUAAACAAUCAAGAGAUGUAAAUUUAACAACUCAGAGUUUUAAAACUAAUAGUAAUCAUCACCGAGAGACCAACUUAGCACUGGGAGAAGUAGCUCUGAUGCACAAUGAAGUGCAGGAACAGGUACAAACAAGAAAAACUGAAGAUAUAACCAUUAAUGAUGAGCAGGAAGAAAUAAUUGAACAAAUAACUUCAGAAACUUUUGAUAAAUUUGAAGAAGUUGAAAGAGUUGAGGUGAAGGAAUAUAAAACACACAGUGAUUUCCUAACUUGCCAAGCUGAAACAACAGCAAUCAAAACAACACAAAUUCCAAUGAAACCAAAAACACCUUUUGAAAUAACUACUGAUGAAGGUACCUUAGUGAUACACUUUGAAAAUAUAAGAGAGGAAGAACCUGUGGUGUUACAGGAAGUCAGUGAAGGUAAUGAUUCAGCACUUGCCUUAGGAUCUGAAGUUGUACCAACAAUAAAGAUUGAAGAAGAUAUUUUGACCAUUGAAACUCAGAGUUCUCGAAUUGUAGAAAAUGUUAUUCAGACUGCUGUUGAGCUUGCUAGUGCAAAAAAGCCAAAGAUUAAAACUUCUGCUCUUCAAGAUGCCAUUGAAACAAAGACUGAGCCAAAAGUCAAAGAAUCCCUUGAUUCAAAUGGACCAAAACUAAAGGAGAUUGUCCAAGGCAUAGAGUGCCAACGAAGUCUAAUAAUUCAGGUCGAAAAAGAAAUUUCUAACCAGUUGGUAGAUGAUACCAAAGCACAGAUGCAAGAAGAGGUACAUAAAUAUGAUGAGCCUUGUGAGUUGCCAAAAUCAACACCUAAGGAAUCCUGAGAGGUAAUGUCAAUUUAGAAGGUGAAGAAGACCAUGUAAGAAAAUGAAGGCUGCUGCUGAUUAGACUCAAGACUGAGAACAGAAGAUUAGAUCUCCCACCUGAAGCCAUUCCAAGAGAGCCACUGACAACCCUGAGAAAUCAGGAGCUAUACUCAUCAUUCUUUUAUGUUUGGAUGUUAACAUUUCCUCUUUUUGAGAUAAAUUUCUUUCUUUUUUUUUUUCCACUUGAUAACAUGUGAUGUUUCUGAUUUAAUGACCUUCAUUUUGAACCUUGAGAGGAGCUGGAAACAUUUAGUUUCUUAUAUUCCAUAUAUUAGUUUAAAAUGCUUCCGAAACUGGAGUGUAAUUCUUUAUGUAUUUAUAUGUAUAUCUUAAAUAAACCUUGUUCCGUUUUUAUUGUA